ACGACAGAAAUGCGCGCAGGUCUCCACAGAAGUAUGCCAGACAUUUGUGCGGAUCACGUGUGGCUAUCUGUGUGACAGUUUUAUCAUCAUUCAGGAUCACAGAGGGUGUUGUGCUCAUAGUGUGUGGUUGUUGUUCAGUAUCAGUAGUGUUAUAUUGUUUUUAUAAUUAUUGCUUUGACAUGAAAAGUCGUCGCCACAGUACAGUAGUCCCUAACGGCUGCUUAUACAUUUGCAGCCAGUGCGUCCAUGCGGAGCUCAGGCAGGGAGGAUGCUGCUGGUGUUGAAGAGAGACAACCAGUUGCUCUCCAGCUGUCACUGUAAAAGUGGAGCCUCCCCUACGCACCGACGGAUGAACAUCCUCGACCUGUUGCCUCGGCGGGGAGAAAAGUAGAGCUGCGUUGCGACGGUGCCAAGAAAACAAAGAAGUUGGGCUUUAUUUCUGUUUAGGAAGGAAGGUCGAAGACAAUGCCAUGAGGUGUAUCAAUGUGUCCGUUAUUAAUUUACGUUUUGAAUAGCAGAGGGAAGAGGAGCGGAGUUGGUUUGGGGGGGUCCACCUCCUUGGUGUGGAGGUGCUGUUUGCGGUGAUAUCUGUCUCUAUCUCUGGGCUCUGAGGAGGAGGACCAUGGUCGAACUGGAAAAGGAUGUACUCCCGCUGCCCCCGCGGUACCGGUUCCGAGACCUGUUGCUCGGGGACUGGCAGACCGACGACAGGGUGCAGGUAGAGUUCUAUGUGAAUGAGAACACUUUCAAGGAGCGCCUCAAGCUGUUCUUCAUCAAAAACCAAAGAUCCAGUCUGCGAGUGCGAAUGUUUAACUUCGCCCUGAAAGUGCUCAGCUGCCUCCUCUAUAUUGUCAGAGUCUUAUUGGACAACCCGCAAGACGGAAAGCAGGACUGCGGGAGCGGAGUCAACUGCACUAAACAAAACACAUCAUCCCAUCCCUGGAGUGGGUUUGACUGGAAACUGAUCAUCUGGGUGGAUAGACCUCUACCGCUGUGGGCACUGCAGGUGCUUGUGGCUUUCAUCAGCUUUUCAGAAACUAUGUUGCUCGUGUACCUCAGCUACAAGGGCAACGUUUGGGAGCAAGUAUUACGUGUCCCCUUCAUUCUGGAGAUGAUCAGCGCCGUUCCCUUCAUGAUCACUGUGAUUUUGCCCUCCCUCAGAAAUCUCUUCAUCCCUGUAUUUCUCAAUUGCUGGCUGGCCAAACACGCUUUGGAGAACAUGAUAAAUGAUCUCCACAGGGCGAUCCAGCGGACCCACUCAGCCAUGUUUAACCAGGUGGUGAUACUCAUCAGCACACUGGUCUGCCUCAUGUUUACAUGCAUCUGCGGCAUCCAGCACCUCGAACGAGCGGGCAACAACCUGACCCUGUUCGACUCGCUCUACUUCUGCGUGGUCACCUUCUCCACCGUGGGCUUCGGAGACGUCACCCCACAAAUCUGGCCUUCGCAGCUCCUGGUGGUCAUCAUGAUCUUUGUGGCACUCAUUGUGCUUCCCAUCCAGUUCGAGCAGCUGGCCUUUCUGUGGAUGGAGCGACAGAAGUCCGGGGGGAACUACAGCCGCUACAGGGCGCAGACGGAGAAACACGUGGUGCUGUGUGUCAGCUGCCUUAAGAUCGACCUCCUCAUGGACUUCCUAAAUGAGUUCUUCGCUCACCCGCGAUUACAGGACUACUAUGUGGUGAUCCUUUGCCCAGCAGAGAUGGAUGUCCAGGUUAGGAGGGUCCUACACGUCCCUCUGUGGGCCCAGAGAGUCAUCUACCUGCAGGGUUCUGCCCUCAAAGACCAGGACCUGAUGAGGGCCAAGAUGGACGAUGCUGAGGCCUGCUUUAUCCUCAGUAACCGGUUUGAAGUGGACCGCAUUGCUGCUGAUCAUCAGACUAUCCUCCGAGCCUGGGCAGUGAAAGACUUCGCUCCAAAUUGCCCCCUGUACGUCCAGAUUCUUAAGCCGGAGAAUAAAUUCCACGUCAAAUUUGCAGAUCAUGUGGUGUGUGAAGAAGAGUUUAAGUACGCCAUGCUGGCUUUAAACUGUGUGUGCCCUGGUACCUCGACACUCAUCACUCUAUUGAUCCACUCCUCGAGAGGACAAACGGCACCCCAAGAGGCCUUCAAGCAACGUGUAGGAGCCUUUCAAGCCCUCAACAGGGAGGGUGGUGCAUGUUCUGCAGACCAAUGGCACCGAACCUACAGGCGCUGCUCGGCCAAUGAGGUGCAUCACAUCCGCCUGGAGGAAAGUAAAUUCUUCGGGGAAUACCAGGGCAAGAGUUUCACCUUUGCCUCCUUUCAUGCUCACAAAAAGUAUGGAGUGUGUUUGAUCGGAGUACGCCGGUUGGACACCACCAACAUUCUGCUGAACCCUGGUCCCUGCCACAUCAUGGGGGCCUCUGACACAUGCUUCUACAUCAAUAUCUCCAAAGAGGAGAACUCAGCAUUUGUCAGGGGCCACAGAGAGCCAUCGUGGGGCGGCACAGGAGGAAAUACCAGGGGAGUGCACCAGACAAUCUACCAUGGACUCACCCGCCUGCCAGUCCACAGUAUCAUCGCCAGCAUGGGCACAGUGGCCAUCGACCUGCAGGACUCCAGUGACAGCAGCCCAGAAGGCCAGGACCCAGGGAACACCGUGCUGGGCAGUGGACGAGGAAGCAGAAGCAGCUCCAGGACGGAGAUGAGUGGCGCUAACACUCUGGCUUUGCCUGCCAUGGGAGAGUCAGGCGAGGAGAGGCGGCACAGCAUCGCCCCCGUCCUGGAGCUGGUGGACGGUGUCAACAACCCCACCUUCGACCUGCUCGGAGACCAGUCCGAGGAUGAGGGAGGAGAAGAGGGCAAGGAGGACAGUGACAAAGACGAGAGUGCCCACUGGUGGGGUCGACACUGCGAGUGGGUGAAGGGAUACCCGUUGAACUCUCCGUACAUUGGCAGCUCACCUGCACUGUGUCACCUUCUCCAAGAAAAGAUGCCUUUCUGCUGCCUGCGUAUGGACAAGGCGUGUCACCACACCCUUUUUGAGGAUGCCCGCUCCUACGGCUUCAAAAACAAAUUGAUCAUUGUGUCCGCAGAGAGUGCAGGAAACGGCCUGUACAACUUCAUUGUGCCUCUACGGGCCUACUAUCGACCCAGGAAGGAGCUCAACCCCAUCGUGCUGCUGCUGGAGAGCAUACCUGAAGCAGACUUCCUGGAGGCAAUUUGUUGGUUCCCCAUGGUGUUCUACACAGUGGGCUCCAUCGACAAUCUGGACAGUUUGCUGCGAUGUGGAGUGACUUUUGCCGACACCAUGGUGGUGGUCGACAAGGAGAGCUCCAUGAUCGCAGAGGAGGACUACAUGGCUGACGCAAAGACAAUCGUCAAUGUCCAGACCCUCUUCAGACUGUUCCCAGCUCUUAGCAUCAUCACGGAGCUCACCCAUCCAGCCAACAUGCGCUUCAUGCAGUUCAAAGUCAAAGACCACUACUCUCUGGCUCUGUCCAAACUGGAAAAGAAGGAAAGGGAGAAGGGAUCCAACCUGGUGUUUAUGUUCCGCCUGCCCUUCUCUGCAGGGAAAGUGUUCAGCGUCAGCAUGCUGGACACUCUCCUCUACCAGUCAUUUGUGAAGGACUACAUGAUCUCCAUCACCAGGCUGCUGCUGGGUUUAGACUCCAUGCCUGGCUCAGGUUUCCUUUGUGCUAUGAAAAUCACAGAGGAUGAUUUAUGGAUCCGCACCUACGGCAGGCUCUACCAGAAACUGUGCUCCUCCACUGGAGACAUUCCCAUUGGCAUCUACCGGACAGAGGCACAUAAGCUUCCAGUCUCUGAGUCCCAGGUUUCCAUCACAGUCGAGGAUUACGAGGACACCAGAGAACCCAGAGAGCCCCUCCUGUCCCGGACCGGUGUUCACCGUAACUCCACCUCCUCAGAGCCCAUCUCCACCUCCUCCCACUCCUCAGACCAUCCGCUGCUCAGGAGGAAGAGCAUGCAGUGGGCACGCCGGCUGAGCAGGAAGGGGGGUCGGAGCUCAAGCGGGGCCAAGGGGGGCCCGGGCAGUGCAGCAGAGAGGAUCAACCAGCAGAGGCUGACCUUGUUCAGGCGCUCUGAGAGGCAGGAACUCAACGCCCUGGUGCGAACGAGGAUGAAACACUUGGGACUUUCUCCAACUGGAUUCAAUGGGAUGACAGACCAAGGGAACAGACUGUCUUAUAUCCUCAUCAACCCUUCUCCAGACACCAGGCUGGAGCUGCACGAUGUUGUGUACCUGAUAAGACCAGACCCCCUCUCUGUGGUACCUAAUCAGGGUAGCGGCAGGAAGUGCAGCGCUGGGAUCUCAGAGAGCCACAGGUUCGAUACGCAGGACAGCACCCACCUGUGAGAGACAAAAACAAAAGACAAAUAUCUUUCAGAACACUGCCAGAAAGAGGAGAAACAACACAACACUCUAAAGAAAGAAACGGGGAGAUGGAAAGCGAUGCAGCCAGAUGGCACACGGCCCUCAUUCUUUCUCCACUCUCGGCGAACUGAUAGGUGCCAGUCUUGCAUGGACCUUUUCUAUAACGAUGGGAAUGUUUUAUUUAUGCACCUUUCUAUUUUCAAAGCGGAGAGCUGCGGACACAGAAGUGCAUUUAAUGAAAAACUGUAUGUAUUUAUAUCUGUGUAUGUGCAUGUUACGUACUGCAUCAUGUAUGUGCAGUGUGUGUGUGUGUAUGUGCGAGUGUGUGAAUGAAUGUGUAUGUACGCUUAUAGAUCAAGAGCAAGACACUGCCACUUUUAUGAGGACAGCAAAGGGAGUCGCUGCCAAAUGAAGGUCAAGGGAUGUUUUUUUUGUGUCCUUCUCUAUGUUGUAGUUUUGUCAGACUUAAUGUUGUUUGACGUAUUUUAACGUGACCCUACAGUGCACACACUGUUUUUUUUCCUUUGUUCUCCAUAAAACCUUUUUUGAGACUUUUUACCUGUUGCUUACACAGUCAAACGCAAACAUUCGUUUCACGCUCACCAGCAGCGGAGGAAUCCAAAGAGCACCAGUCUCAUUAACUGACCUGAGCUGACAGACAGGAUGCAUCGUCAGCGCAGGGCGUUCAGUCACAUCGCUGUCUCGUGUAUGUUAAUGUCUUCAGUUCUGCGAGUUCUCUUAGAACCGACCUGAGUUUACUGUUCGCCUGUUGUCAGCGUGAGCCGUCCUGUCACCAGCUUGCUUCUUCUGACAUGCAUGUUAAAGAUGCAGGGGGAUGGACAAAUUAACAGGAACAUAUAUCAUAAUAACAUAAUGCCAUCCAGUCCAGUAGCCCUGCAAUAAAUACUGCCUUUGUGAAGCUUAUAGUGUAACGUUUUUGAGACGUUGUCAGAGAGGUGUUGAUUCAGCUCUCCGUUUUGAAGUCGAUUUAUAAGCUUUACAACUAAAUAGUUGCUGUAUUUAUUGCAUAAUAAAUAUCCACUUUAACAAGUAAUUAGUUUGCUAAUUAGGAAUUAAAAUUUAUGAUAUAAUUUGGUUUUCUUUCAGAAAAAAACAAGUGGAAAAACGUGCCAGGAGAGUGUGAUCAUUCUGCUUGUUUAUCAGCCCGAUCUACUUUAUUUAAUAGAUUUUCAAUUGUUAUAAGAAACCUGAGAGUUUAAUCUACUGUAACAAAGUACAUUACUUGUCAGGGUGGACAUUUAUACCGUUUGUUUACCAGGGAUUUGCAAGUCUCUGUAAAUCAUCUCUCAGAAAUCCUGAAUGUGCUGUUUCACAAAGAAACGGUGCAGCCAUGUGGUGGGAAUGCCAACCUGCAUCCCUGUCGACACCACUGCUGUAGCUUUAGUGCCAUUAUAACAGAUGAAAAUAUGUACAU